AUGAAGGUAAAGACCCCCGAGCCGAGGCCAAGCAAGUCCGAUAACAAGCGCGUGCAGCCCCGCAAUAGGAUCAAGUACACUGCUGGCCAGCUUCAUCAGUUAGAGAGGGUCUUCAUGUCCAGCCAGUACCCUGACAGCUGCACCCUGGAGGAGCUCUCAAACACCCUCAGUAUCAACACGGAACGACUGUCGAUCUGGUUCCAAAACCGUCGGUCUAAGUUCAAGCGUCAGGCGAAGGGAAGUCACGUGAACUGGAUGAGGCGACAGUUGUACCACCAGGGGUCGCAGUCGUCACAUGACGUCAACAAUCAGUCGGAUAAAUGUCACGUGUUGUCUCCACCAGUCCCCCACAACACAUCACCAGAGGCACCCAAAUCAAAUUUGAACUAUUAUGGGAUGAACUACCCAGCAGCUGUAUCCGGUUGUGACAACAGUUACUUCAUGACGUCACCCAUGUUCCAUCAGAUGACAGCCUCCUACCCAUCGCACAAUGAGAGGAUCGGUGCUUCCGGUUACACCCACAGUCCUUUGCUACUUCCGCAUCUGAACGACAUUUCGUAUCCCCAGACGGCGUCCUAUCCCCAGCAGAGCCCAACGUACUCAAGCCCUCCAACCCCUCUCAGUGAACACGACCACAGUGAGAGUUACCUCCCCUCCUACAGUUUCCCAGGACCCCAGCUGACCUUCACCCCUAUUGCGUGA